AUGACGACGGAGGACUGUGCCACGGUCCUUGAACAGUUCGUUCACGAUGCUAACGCGACGCGCGCAGUUGCGAACUUGCCUGCUGAGAUCACACAUUUGAUGGAAGAGAUCCAAGCCAAGGACAAGAUCAUCCAGGAAUGCCGCGCGAUCAUCAAUUCCCGCGACAACAGUCUGCAGAAGUUCAUCAAGCUUAACGGCAGUCUUGCGCCGAAUCCAAAGGAGGAACAGUACAGCAAGCUCAUCCUGCAGAAUUUGGAUCGAUGUCAGGCACUGCAAGAUGAGAAAAUACAGCUUAGCGAGAAAGCAUGUGUCCUAUUAGACCGUCAAAUCAAAAAGCUGGAUAUCAAGAUCCGCGACCUAAUAAACGAGGGUAUCCUCUCUAAUGACCCGCCCAUUCCUUCGCUCUUCAACAACAAAGAUCAAUACCGGGAUCCUCCAAAGACUUUGUUUCCUGACCAGACUCCAAACGAUGUCUCAUCGUAUUCGCCUCUCAAUCCCACGUCCGGAAAUACCAACACUGCGUCGUCGACGGCCCAACGGCUCAAUCAGACUAAUCCUCGUCCUGCUAACACUUCAACAUUGGCCACGCAGAAUGCCUCUCGCAGCUCCGCUCCCUCGACUCCCACUGCAGCAGCCCUACAUCUCCAGCAACGACAGCGUGAAUCAUCUGCGGGAGCCGUUGACAGCAAGCGCAGGCGCUUGAACGCAUCUCUUGGCUCCCUUCCCGCAGCGCCGUCGAAUCUGCGACAAUCAUCGCUUGGACCGGGAACCCCGAAGGCGGGAACGCCUGUAUCAAAUCGUGCCGGCAGCGCUGGUCCGCGUGCCGGUGGGGUGACCAAGAAAGCGGUGACGAAGAAAGUCGCUCCUCACCAGCAAGUAAAGAAGAUCAAAGCAGUCACCUCCGGGAAGCCUGUUAAACGCUCCUCGAGCGCCAGUGGCCGCCUCAAGCUCACCACAGGUGGCGGGGCACUGAAGAAGUCACCCUCAGCCGCUGGUGGGGAUGAGGACGACGAAGACUCUGUCCUCAGCAGCGCCGACGUGUCUGAAUCGGAGAACGCGGGCGUUUCUCGACGUGCCGGCCAGGGCGCAGCAAAUGAUUCGGACGAGGAGAUGGAGGACGAGGAAGACGAGGGCGGUGAGGACACCAAGGUAUACUGCACCUGCCGCAGUGUCAGCCAUGGUGAUAUGGUUGCUUGCGAUAACGACAACUGCCCUUACGAAUGGUUCCAUUGGAAAUGUGUAGGACUCACCAGGGAGCCGAUAGGCACCUGGUACUGUGAUGAGUGUAGACAAAACCUGGGGAAAUGA